CCGAGCGCUGUCGUGGCGCUCGGCGAGUGAAUGAGCCGGGUGGCCGAGCCGCGCAGCCCCGCUUCCUUCGGGCGGUGUGGGUGCGGGAGUCGCUCCCGUCCUUCUCCAUCUCCUUCUCCUCCCUCGGGCAGCUCCGGGCACGGCGAUGAGGCGCGCGGGGCUGGGCGAGGGAGCAUCUGCUGGUAGCUAUGGCUAUACCAAUAGUGGAUACAGUGUUUAUGAAGAAGAAAAUGAAAGGUUAACAGAAAGUCUGCGUACAAAAGUCAGUGCCAUCAAAUCACUUUCCAUUGAAAUUGGAACAGAAGUAAAAAACCAAAAUAAAAUGUUAUCAGAAAUGGAUAAUGAUUUUGACUCUGCGGGUGGACUUCUAGGUGCAACUAUGGGCAGACUGAGAACACUCUCCAGAGGAAGCCAGACAAAGUUAUUAUGCUACAUGAUGCUCUUUGCAUUGUUUGUUUUUUUUGUGAUAUACUGGAUUAUUAAACUGAGAGUACCAGUGUACCUUUUUGGAAACAGUGCAGCAUUUAAGGGGCUGUACUUGUGUGGGGAGCACCAUGAAAAUAAGAAAUGGAGGUCUCACCACUUUGGACUGGCAUGUAAAGCAUCACAGGCUCUUCCCGGGGUUUUCUGCUGGACCACCUGCUCAGAUUACCUACACCUUACGUACUAAUGCCAGUCGCCUGCGGAACACCUCACCCACUGCCUCCUCCUGCGGAGACGGUCUGUGAUACUUCCCGCAACAUCCCCACCGUUCCUUUGUCAAAGCUGUAGGUGCCUAAGCCUGCAGUUGAAUUUUAGGAGGGGAGGGAGCUUUUGGAGGGCCAGCGGCAAAAAGUGUCUCAGCACUUAGCUUAACUGCGUGGUAAAAAGUCUAUUAGUCAAUCAGGACAUGAGGUAUUGAAGAACUGUACAGAGAAGGUACAAUUUUCAUUCACUUUUUUUUUUUUUAACUGACAAGCAUCCUGGUCUCCCUAACGGCUAUGUGAGAUCAGGCAUAAUCCGUAUUAGUGUUAUAUAGCAGUAUAGUAUAGUAUUAUAUAGCAGUAUAGUAUAGCAUUAUAUAGUAUAUAAAGCUCCUCUGCUUUAAAAAUGAUCAGCUGCUGCAAGCUUGCUUACUUUGAUUUGAUUUUUCUAAUCGCACUCAUUUAAAAACUGCUGUGAACAUCACUGAGUCAUCCCUAACAGUAUUGCCUAAGUUCCCUGUGCUAGCCAGGCUGCAAACUACUGCAACCUUAAGCAAUUUUCUUCACAAAUUUCUUUUCUCCUUUGGGGAUAAGAAAAAAAAAACAAAAAAACGAAACAAACCAAAACACUGCAACAGUUCUGCUAAACUGCCUCUGCUUAAUUCAAUAACCUGAAUAUUCCGCAGCUUCCUAUGGGCCUCGUUGAAGGCAGCAGAGCUGGAGCAGCAAUGGCAGGUUACUUGUUCUCCGUGCCACAGGGCUGUUUGCUUUUUCAAGCUGCAGAAAGCCCCUGCCAAUGCUUAGCAUCUUGCAUCUUCACAGCACUGUAGCAACAGUAAGGAAUUAAUCCUCAGAACUCCUCUGUGAUGCCAAUAAAACCCCUCCAUUAUUCCAUUUGCAGCAGGAAUAAUCCUGGGCACAUGUGGCUUGUUUAUAUGAAGUUAUAAAAAGGCAGGGGUAAGAUCUGGCUUUGGUGGUGUGUGACAAAUAUGGCAGGUUAUGACAUAUAAACACAUGUUUUAAAAAACCAACUUUCACAUAUGUUUUUGAGUGUGUGUAUAUACGUGUGUGUGUGUGUCUUUACAAAAUUGAUGGUGAUUAUAUUCUUGUCUCUAUGGGUGAGAUACGGAAUAUUUCCUGCAGAAUCUACAGGCGGGUGACUAAUGGUAAUCUCUCCCCCAGGGAGACAGGACAGAAGGUUUCACCUAGUUUAAGAGGAUCAAGAUGACAAAGGACUCAAAUGAUUUUAAUCUAGCAGGCCUCUUCUGGGAAAGAGACUUGCUUUCAGUGUAAGAAAACAAAACCACGGGACUAACUAUCCUGCCAGGAGCUCUGUGAGGAAGCUGGGGAAGAUGACAUAGUAAAGUAAGCUUGUGGAUCAGCUAUUUAAUGCGAGUUUAUGAUUUGAUAGUUUAUAGUAUAUCAAUAAUGCACAAUUAAUACGGCAUAUAAAUAUUUCAAUAUAUCUAAAUAUUAGAAUUUUAUUGCUUUAGGUAGGCUACCCCUGGAAUGCUUUUGAUCUGGCACAGCAGCGCUUUGCUUUGAUUUCUCCAUUGCCUUGUUGCUGCCUCCCUGCAGCCCUGCUGAGGUGAGCACCGAGCUGUGAUGGCUUCACCCUGGCCAAGGACAGCGAGGAACCAGCCCACAACGCACCGUACAGUUAUGUAAAGGUGUCAUUUUGAGCAACCAAACCUCUAGCUCCUUGUUGAAUGCUAUUUUCAUUAGAGAGUGGGAGUUUGCCUGGGGAAAGAGAAAGAUCCUGACCAUUGUGUUCUGUCCCCCUAAAACACUCCCUGUAAAGAGCUUCCUGUCAUUCAGGAAAUCCCAUGCACUUGAAACUUCCACUGUAGAUUAUAAGACUUAAUUAUACUCAACUAAAUCAAGAGAUAUAAAUGUUAAAAAGCAAUCCACUUUUUGACGCAUAAAAAAAUAAAUAAAUUCUUCAAUGCUGAGUUAAAAAACUGUACUUAUGAGGGAGGAUGAAGAACCCCUUCCCACCCAUGAAACUCAAUCUGGGUUAUCCAUAAUUUCUAGUUAGGCAGCAAAAGGAACAAAAAGGACCCUCCACGUUGUCAAAUCAAGUUUCCCAUUCCCAUAGGUACCAUGUCAUAUAACCUCCUUCAGAAAUGUAUCAAGUACUGCUUUAAGGAGAAAAAACAAGCUCCCUUUAAUCUUGCACUAUCCUAAUUUGAAGGCUGUCGCAUGACAAAGUUGUUCUAAUGAUUAAGAACCCUGUAAUUUACAGCCUGAAUGUGUUCCUGAGCAGUAUAAUCCAGUAUAGUCCUUCGGUUUAACGUUCCUCUUCUGGCUGGUGUUGAACCCUCUCCAACCAAAGCGCCAUUCAACACUUGUUUUGCUCACUCCAAGUCGUGUCCAUCACCCUGCCUGUAAACCUUUUGGUCCCAGUUAUCCUGAAAAUCAGGGCUGGUCCUUGCUCCAGUCUGUGCUCUCCCUUGCAUGCGAUUUCACUAGCCAUGAAGGAGGGACAGGUCCCUACCUCACAGCGUGAGGAAAGCUGCUGAUGUGCUAUAUAAGUGCUGAGGCCACAGCUAAUCAUAGAAUCGUUUAGGUUGGAAAAGACCUUUAGGAUCAUCAAGUCCAACCAUUAACCUAACACUGCCAAGUCCACCACUAAACCAUGUCUCUAAGCACCAUAUCCACACCUCUUUUAAAUACCUCCAGGGAUGGGGACUCAACCACUUCCCUGGGCAGCCUGUUCCAGCGCUUGACAACCCUUUCAGUGAAGAAAUUUUUCCUAAUAUCCAAUCUAAACCUCCCCUGGUGCGACUUGAGGCUGUUUCUUCUUGUCCUAUCACCUGUUACCUGGGAGAAGAGACCAACCCCCACCCCGCUACGCCCUCCUUUCAGGUAGUUGUAGAGAGCGAUAAGGUCUCCCCUCAGCCUCCUUUUCUCCAGGCUAAACAACCCCAGCUCCCUCAGCGGCUCCUUGUAAGACUUGUGCUCCAGACCCCUCACCAGCUUCACUGCCCUUCUCUGGACACACUCCGGUACCUCAAUAUCUUUCUUGUAGUGAGAGGCCCAAAACUGGAUGCAGUAUUUGAGGUGCGGCCUCAACAGUGCCGAAUACAGGGGAUGAUCACUUCCUUAGUCCUGCUCACCACAUUAUUCCUGAUGCAAGCCAGGAUGCUACUGGGCAAAUGGCACACUAAAUCUGUCCCUACCCUCAAGGUGAUAAAACGUGAUGGUGUUGUGCAUCCCAUCACCACUUAGUACCUGCAGCCGAGAAGCCGUGCCUGCUCAGGCAACUGCUCUACACUACAUUUUCCUCUUAAAAGCCAUAUGGUGUUGAGAUCCAGAAAGCCCUUUCUGGUCACAAACACCCUGAGAGGAGCCCGCUGCACUAUCUAUCUUCAAUGCAAAUGUCUUCACAUAACUUAAAAGUCCUGAGAAAAUAAACUAAGUCAUUUUCUUUCCCUUUUCCAGCAGUGAUCAGUGCCAAUC